UACAUUGUCAUUAGCUGUCAUUAGCUGUUGUUUUGUAUUUUCGUGUAAUUUAUUUGAAAAAUGGGAAAAACUGAAAAUUUUACAGGAGAAAGGAGUAACAAGUUUUUUUUUAAUGGUAAAAGAGUCAGGGAAAAAGUUUUUCGUAAUAAAUGUCGUCUAAAAGAAGAAGGAAAGAAACUACAAAGUAUGCCUGUUACUAAACGCAACGAAAAGGUGGUUUCUAACCUUAAAGAAAAGGGAAAUAUUUCCAAAAUUUUCGAAGUUGAAGGUCGGCGAAUAGUUCACAUAAAAACUCUUGGGGAGCAAAUGAUUUGCGAAAAGUGCAACGCUGUUUUGUCUCUAUUAGACAUCAACGACGAAAAACGAAGUGGAUUAGCUUCUACCUUUUAUAUUAAGUGUCGUUUAUGCGAAGUACUUAAUUGUGUUUCCACUGAUAAGCAGCACAAAGUGGUUAAUCAGAAAAAUCAUUUCGACACAAAUACAAAAGCUGUAAUUGGUACUCUUAAUAAUGGUAUGGGCAAUACUCAUUUGAAUUGACUUUUAACAUCACUGAAUAUUCCACCUUUGAACUGGAAUACGUUCAAAACUCAUGAAAAGGAAGUCGGAAGAGUUGUUGAGGAAAUGGCACAAAAAAGUUGUAAAAAUGCGACUAUUGAAGAGCGACAAAAAACAAUAGAUAAUUCCGAUCGAUUAAUGCCUAUGUUGUAAGUAAUAAUGAUAUAGAUGAUUAAAUGAAAAAUAAUCAUUGGGCAUAAGUGACAGUUUAUAAGAGAAAAUUAUGCAUCUUUCACAAUAUUUAUAAUUUAAGAAAUUUUUUAUAUUAUUUUUUAUUUUAGAUUUUUAUAAUACGCAAUGAUUUAUUAAAAAGUCCCUUUUUAGAAAAUACGUAUACGAUUUCGUUGUCGAUCGUUUUUUUUGUAACUUUAGAAUUUUGUAUUUUUUUAUUCUAAACAAAAUCUUAAAGUUACAGAAAAAACGACUCAGAGUUUAAUGUAAUGUAUUUUCAUUUGUGUCUUUUAAUUUGAUUUUUACAAACUCAGUUAUUUUUUAUU